AUGGCUAAGAAAAGUAAGAAGAACCAGGAUAAUUACUGGGAUGAAGAUUUUGAAGAGGAUAUGCCUCAAGGUGAAGAAGUAGGUGAAGCCACUACUACAGAAAACACUCCUGCUCCAGAAGAUUCUAAUGCUCCAACAGAAGCUGGUGCCGAGGAUGUCGUUGAGGAUUUCAUGUCUGCUUUGAAGAGUUCCAAGAAGAAGCAAGCUAAGAAAGCUGAAGAUGAAGAGAAUAAACCAAAAUUGAAAUCUAAGAAGGAAAAGGAAAAGGAAAAGAAAGAGAAAGAAAAGCAAAAAAAGAAGGAACAAGCUGCAAAGAAGAAAGCUCAACAACAAGCUCAGAAGGAACAAAAUAAGGAGUUGAACAAGAAGAACGCUGAAAAGCUUGCUGCUGAAAAAGCUGCUGAAAAACAAAAGAAAGAUGAUUCUCCAGCAGCAACUUCUGCUCCAAAGGCUAAGAAGGGUGGUAAGAAAGUUCCAGCUGGUUUAGCUGCUUUAAAGAAGCAACUGGAAUUGAAGAAACAAUUAGAGGAAGAAGAUAGAUUAGCUAGAGAAGAAGAAGAAAGACUAGAGAAAGAAGAAGAAGACAGACUGGCUAAGGAAGCCGAAAGCAAAGAACAAGAACAAGCUGCCAAGAGAGAAAGAGAAAAGGCCAAGAAAGAUAGAUUAAAGGCCGAAGGUAAACUAUUAACCAGAAAGCAAAAGGAGGAGAAAAAGUUAAUGGAAAGAAGACGUGCUGCUCUAUUAGCCUCUGGUAACGUUAAAGUUGCUGGUUUGGAAAAGAAGGAAAAUGGUGAUGAUUCCACUUCAAAGCCAAAGAAGGUUGUCUAUGGUAAGAAGAAGAAGAGAACCACCGAUAACGACGAAACUUCCACUAAGAGUGCUGCCACUGCAAAGAAGAGCGAAACUACCGUAAAGGCUGCUAACGAAGAAGAAGAAGUUUUGAUCGAUGAUUGGGAAAACCUUGAUCUAGGUGAAGAUGAGGAAGAAGUUCCUGAAACUAAUGAAGCUUCUCCAGAAUCUACUACUGAAACUGAAGCUACUUCUGAACCUUCCGUAUCUGUCACCAAGGGCAAGCCAGCUGAAAAAAUUGAAGAGAUUCCAAGAGCAUCUGUAUCCAAGACUAAAGAGAGUGACCUACGUUCUCCAAUUUGUUGUAUCUUGGGUCAUGUCGAUACUGGUAAGACUAAGUUAUUAGAUAAGAUCAGACAAACUAACGUUCAGGGUGGUGAAGCCGGUGGUAUUACCCAACAAAUCGGUGCUACUUAUUUCCCUAUUGAUGCUAUUGAACAAAAAACUGCUACUAUGACCAAGUAUGAAAAACAAACUCUUGAUGUCCCAGGUCUAUUGGUUAUCGAUACCCCAGGUCACGAAUCUUUCUCCAAUUUACGUUCCAGAGGUUCCUCUUUGUGUAACAUUGCCAUUUUGGUCAUUGAUAUCAUGCAUGGUCUAGAACAACAGACUAUUGAAUCUAUUAGACUUUUGAGAGAUAGAAAAGCUCCGUUCAUUGUUGCAUUAAACAAAAUUGAUAGAUUAUACGACUGGAAAGAAACUCCAAAUAAUAACUUCAGAGACUCUUUCGAGAGUCAAUCUAGAGCUGUUAAGGAUGAAUUUGAAACUAGAUUGAACUCUAUUCAAAUUGAAUUGGCUGAACAAGGUUUGAACUCCGAAUUGUACUUCAAGAACAAGAACAUGGCUAAAUACGUUUCCAUUGUUCCAACUUCUGCUGUCACCGGUGAAGGUGUUCCCGAUUUAUUGUGGUUAUUAUUAGAAUUGACCCAAAAGAGAAUGUCUAAACAAUUAAUGUACCUAUCUCAUGUCGAAGCUACCGUCCUUGAAGUCAAGGUCGUCGAAGGUUUCGGUACCACUAUUGAUGUUAUUCUAUCUAAUGGUUAUCUAAGGGAAGGUGACAGAAUUGUGCUGUGUGGUCUAAAUGGUCCAAUUGUUACAACCAUCAGAGCCCUAUUGACACCACAACCAUUACGUGAAUUACGUUUGAAAUCUGAAUAUGUCCAUCAUAAAGAAGUCAAGGCAGCAUUAGGUGUUAAAAUCGCUGCUAACGAUCUAGAAAAGGCCGUUUCUGGUUCUAGAUUAUUAGUUGUCGGACCAGAGGAUGAUGAAGAAGAACUUUGUGACGAUGUUAUGGACGAUAUUACUGGUCUCCUAGACUCCGUCGAUACAUCCGGUAAGGGUGUUGUUGUUCAAGCCUCCACUUUGGGUUCUCUAGAAGCUUUGCUGGAUUUCUUGAAGGAUAUGAAGAUUCCAGUUAUGUCUAUUGGUUUAGGUCCAGUAUACAAGCGUGAUAUCAUGAAGGCUAGUACUAUGUUGGAAAAGGCUCCAGAAUAUGCUGUCAUGCUAUGUUUCGAUGUUAAGGUCGACAAGGAAGCUGAACAAUAUGCUGAACAAGAAGGUAUUAAGAUCUUCAACGCUGAUAUUAUCUACCAUUUAUUCGAUGCCUUUACUGCUUACCAAGAAAAACUAUUGGAACAACGUCGUCAUGAUUUCCUAGAUUUCGCUAUUUUCCCAUGUGUUCUGCAAACCCUACAAAUCAUUAACAAGCGUGGUCCAAUGAUCAUUGGUGUUGACGUUCUCGAAGGUACGCUGAAGGUUGGUACUCCAAUUUGUGCUGUAAGAUUUGAUCCUCAAACCAAGGAAAGAAAUAUUCUUGUAUUAGGUAAAGUUAUAUCUCUAGAAAUUAACCAUCAACCUGCAACCGAGGUUAAGAAGGGUCAAACAGCUGCUGGUGUUGCUGUCCGUUUGGAAGACCCAUCUGGUCAACAACCUAUCUGGGGUAGACAUGUUGACGAGAGUGAUACAUUGUACUCUAUGAUUUCUAGAAGAUCCAUUGAUACAUUGAAGGAUCCAGCAUUCAGAGAUCAAGUUCAAAGAUCCGACUGGCUAUUAAUCAAGAAAUUGAAGCCAGUUUUCGGUAUUGAAUGA